AAAGAGGACGAGUUUAUCUAUCGCGACCGAAUACCGGGUCUUGAUGAAUCAUGCAAAAAUCUAAAGGGACUCUGCAAAAUUCGCCCUCUUUAUUUUGACCCUUUGAAUCCAUCGGAUGGUGGCGAAGAUCUUUUUGGAGGACUUGUGCCUUCUGGUGUUGUGAAGGUUGUUUCUGAAUAUGAAGAUGAGAAAGCGAGGAAAUAA